GUGCGUCCUCCGUCCUCCUUCCAGAGUCGCCCGCGCUGCUGGUCGCGGUUCCGUGAACCGCGGUAAGAGCGAGGUGGGGGUCCGCGAGGCCCGGGGAAGGGUGGUACCGGGCUAAGCGUACCCGAGUUCGCAGGACGCGGCGGCCCCGGGCUCCCUCCUCGGCCAUGGCCCCCGCGCCCAGGUUCUUGCUGUCGCCGCCGACUUUGCUGCUGCUGCUGCUGUUGCUGCUGAGCCUGGCACUGCUAGGCGCCCGCGCCGAGUCCGCCGCCGGGAGCGCUGUCCCCGCGCAGAGCCGUCCGUGUGUGGACUGCCACGCGUUUGAAUUCAUGCAGCGCGCCCUUCAGGACCUACGGAAAACGGCCUACAGCCUGGACGCGCGGACGGAGACCCUUCUGCUGCAGGCUGAGCGCCGGGCUCUGUGUGCCUGCUGGCCAGCUGGACGCUGAAGAUCCUCGGCCAGUGAUGUUCCCUGUCAAUAAAUGCCUGCUAGCAUGCCUGUGUCCUGUGUCCCUGCUCUGGCCAUCAGAGCUACUCCUGUUGCCUUGUUGUAACCCUCUCUGGGUCUUGGUUUCCCUGUCCCCCAGCAGCACCCGUGCCAAGGGGCACUUGGGUGUUAUCCAAACAUGUGGCCCUACUGACAUUGUCACUGCAGUGAAUUAGACUUCUCAGACCCGUGCCAGCCAGCCCGCCCU